AUGGAAGUGACAGGUAAUGAAGGCUGUGACAAGAAACCAGGGAAUGGUAUUUGGUCAGGUGGCCUUACACAGCAGGGCUCGGGUGUUGAUGAUGGAAUUUACUACCAUAAUUCGGAAGACAAAGGCAUCAUACUUACUGCAGACAGCGCCUGGGAUAGAGAUCAAUGGCGAUUUGCGCGUCUUUACGGCUCUAAGUACGAUGACUUUGUCGGCUGGAUCGAGAAGGAGCCUGGUCAGCAUAGGUUCGGUGUCUGGAAGAACAAUGGGGGCGGCAAAUUUGUGCAGCUCGCCGAAGAUAUGGACGGCAGGAUCUAUUGCAUACCGCGUGGUCUUCAUUUCAUUGACAUGAACGGCGAUGGAUAUGAUGAUAUUGUCUGCAUCACGCCCCAGGGAGAUCUCCAACUUUCAAUCAACAACAAAGACGGCACAGACACUAAAGCUCCGACAUUUCGAAAUCUUGGACAAAUCAAAGCGAACGAAGGCUACCUCCAGGACAGGGUACGGCUCGCUGAUAUUGAUGGCGACGGACGCGGUGACUAUUGUAUCCUCGAUGAUGGCGGUAAUGUUCAUUGCUGGCGUAAUGGUGGGACAAAGGAUGCGCCCGAGUACUGGCAAGCCCUUGGGUUGCGCUUCACUGCUAAAGGCAUGGGAGAUAUGCGUGGUGUGCGCUUUGAGGAUAUCAAUGGUGAUGGUCGUGAUGACUGGCUGUGGGUUAGUGAUACCGGACAGACAACCACCUGGACCAACUCAAGGAGCUGCAAGAAAGGCCAGCUGGGUGAUGGACUCAAUGUAGCUUGGCGCCAGGGUUUCUGGCAUGACCAGUCCUCUGGUCCUACCCAUGCCGGCGUAGGUCAAUUCGGUAGUAGUGGCCUUCGGAACCGCGUUCAUUUUGCUCGAAUUUAUGGCGAUGCGCUCGACUUCGGCCUCCUUCCCGCCCUGGAUUAUGUCUUCCUGCAGCAUGAGGACUUAGACAGUGGAUACCAUCGCUUCACAAUGCGUGUUUGGAAGAAUGUGGGCCGUGGAAGCGCCAAGCUCAAGGCUGACGGAGUCAAAUAUUGCAAUAUGCUCGGACAUGCGGACGGACGAAUGGACUACGUCUGGACCAUGUCAAAGGGAGAAAUGCGCGUUUACUACAAUCAAGGCCUGACAGAUGUCUCUGGUGGCAAAUCCUUUUGGGGAGCCAACGAGAUAAUCUGGGAACCAACACAGUAUGUGGGCAAAUACCUCGACAGACGCGACUUACACCUGAUGGACUGGGAUGGUGACGGGACCUGUGACAUUGUAUGGGUCGAUCCGGAUAAUGAAAAUAGGCCUUCGGUCUGGUUGAACCUGUAUCCCUAUACUGGCAAAUGGAACUGGACUCCUCACUUGAACCCUGCUAGUGCAACCGGAAUCAAGUGCACUCAGAAGAGAGGUCGGGGCAUACACGAUUUAUCUGUCCGAUUCGCAGACUUAGACGGAAAUGGCCGUGAUGAUUACUUGUGUAUUGAACCAAAUGGCCGUGUGACGGGAUGGGUUCACAAAGCCGACAAUAGCUGGGAGGCAGUCGGUCAAAUCAAGUACGCCGAAGGUGCAGAUAGAGCUAACCUACGCUGGGCCGAUGUGAACGGAGACGGGACUGCAGACAUGCUGUGGGUUGAUAAAUUCAAUGGCAAUGCCCGAGUCUUUUACGGGCGCGGACGUGCAAACCCUGCCGAUAACGCCGGUUCUUCCUUUAAGUGGGAUCGCCCAAGCGAUGCUUUUGAAGGGAGCUAUGCCGGUACCUGCCAGUACUUCCCAGAUCUCGAUGGAAACAAUAGAGCAGAUUUACACUCUAUCACGGGAACCUUUACCAACCAGGCGGAAACUUGGUUCAGCCCGUCGUGCGGUUUGACGGAUCGCCAGGGCGACGACUCUAGCGGUGAUCCCAACCUCCCCAAUCCGCCAUGGGAUACCAACCCUGGCAACCCUAGCAACCCCAACCCAGGUGAUCCUCAACCAUACACGCCAAACCCAGAUGACGACAAGCCCCUCGGUCCCUGCACUGCUACUUACACCACACUUGAAGACAUAGAAAAUGAUUCUGGCAAGAUCUCAACCUUUUGUGGCAUCAUGAAAGACGGAUAUGAUGGCUACUUUGAUACUUUCGCCAAAUAUAUUGUCGAGCAGGCACCUGAUGCCAUGCGCCAGUUUCUAAAAGAUCGCGGGAAAGAGUUCUUCGACUGCGAUAUCAUGGAACGCAUUGAGUGUUGUCGGAUCUGCGAGUUCGAAAACAAAAAUUGCAGAUGGUGUACAGACAGCAACUGCGAUCUCAUUGAUAGCCCGUGGGGAUCUGACCCAGGAGUUACGUGGGAAAAGAGGGCCGAAGCCUGCCCGCCCGAUUAUUCAGAACGUGGCAUUGGCGAGACGUGGGAGUUCACGACGUACUGGAAGCUCCGCCAAGCGGACACCGAGAAGUUCUACGACGCAGUCUUGUCUGAUGUUGGCAUUGAUAGAGACAAAGUCAAAUUCGCUGAAUGGAGCCAGCUUCUUGACCAUACCCUGGACCCGGCUUGCGCCCACCAAAUGGAAGACUAUUGCUACUACACCGGCUUUUGGAACAACGCAUCAUAUGAUGCGGACUUCGGCAAAGGCGACGUGAUCAAUCCAAAAGACACCGUGAACUCGGCUGUGUCGUCAAUUGGAGGGUUAAGGUUUAACUCGACUGUCGUGAUAAUGCAGGUGAUGGCCGGCCGCUAUGUUGAAGAAGGCUUUCUUCCAGACAUUGUAAAUUCUGUGUCUUUACCGGUGUUUAUGAUGGAAGAUGCUGUCACACACAUGGAGGAUGUCGUAGAGAUGGCUAAGGAAAUCGAGCAAGCUGACAUCAAGUUCCUGGUGCUCAACUUUCUCUCUGCUCUGUUCCUUGCCUUACCGUUUCUCGGCGAGGCGCUUCCGGCACUGGGCUUCGCGCAAUUAGGUCGCUUUGUUACCAUAUUUGCCGAGACUGGCAACACGGCCCUUGCAAUAGAGAGUGUUGUUUCGGAUCCAUCUACAGCACCACUGCUUAUCUUCAGCCUCAUCAUGAGUGGUCGCAGCAUCCGGGACACCAAUCGUCUCGCUCGGGCGGCCAAAUUGCGGGCAGGCAUGAGGGACGAAGACUUCAACGCCUUUAGCAUCGCCAUCACUUCAAAAAUGAACAAAAUAGAGUCGGUCAUAAGAAAAGAUGAUGCACCACUUAUUUGCGGUCGCUGGGGUUAG